AUCUGUUGAAGGGAGCGCUGAAUCAUUCCAGAGCUGUGUCCAGGGAUUACUGCAAUACAACGGUGGCAAACAGAGAAAAAAAACUAAACAAUCUGAAUGACUUGCCAUGGAUUCCAAGGAGCUUGGUGGGAAAGAUACCUCUGGGGUCAAGAAGAAGAAUCUGUCCUUUCUGAAGAGCAGGCUGUAUAUGUUAGAGAGGAGGAAAACAGACACAAUUGUGGAACCCAUCACCAAUGGGGAUCACGAAAAUACAGGCACCUUGCGCAGGAGCCAGUCUGAUAGGACAGAAUAUAACCAGAAACUUAAAGAAAAGAUGGCACCAAAUGUUGCGGCAUCAGUUCCAACAUCCCCUACACAAGACACAGAAGAGCUGAGACUCAGGAAAAUGACUAAGAGGGCUAAGAUUAUCAGUGAGCUGAUCCAGACAGAAAAAGACUUUCUGAAUGACUUGGAGCUCUGCAUUCAAGAAGUAGUACAGCCACUCCGUAACCAUCAAUCUGAGCGGUUUGAUGUGGACAUCCUGUUUAGCAACAUUGAAUCUGUACGCCAAAUAUCAGCCAAGUUGGUGUCUUUGUUAGAAGAAGCGACAACAGAUAUUGACCCAGACAAUCAAGUGCUAGGGGAAUUGUUCUUGGAGAUUAAGUGCCCGCUGGAAGACGUGUAUAAAAUCUACUGUUAUCACCAUGACGAAGCACAAACAGUGUUAGAGUCUUAUGAAAAGGACCCAGACCUCAAAUUAUACAUGAAACAGUGCACCCAAGCCUUGAAAAAAAUAUAUGAAGACCAAGGAAAACCAAACCUGUUGGAUAUGGGCUCACUGAUGAUUAAACCAAUUCAAAGGGUGAUGAAGUACCCUUUGUUGCUGUGUGAAUUGUUGAAUUCUACUCCUCCAUGUCACCCAGACUACAGGUCACUGCAAGAUGCAUAUGCAGCCAUAAGACAGCUUAAUGUGAACAUUAAUGAACUGAAACGACGGAAGGAUCUAGUAUUGAAGUACAGGAGGGCAGAUGAAGAAGAAUCUUUAAAAGAUAAGCUCUCCAAACUAAGUAUUCACUCCAUCAGCAAGAAAUCCAAGAGAGUGACCAGCCACUUGAAGAUACUGACUCGUGGUGGUGAACAGGUGAAAGACCAAAUAUUUAACAAGGAGGAAAAGAUAUUCCGAAGCCUUGAGAAGACUGUGAGACUUUGUGUUAAGAAUUUAUCGUACACCUUUCAAUACAUGCAGGAUGCGAUACCCUUGACUGCACUUGGUGUUACAGAAUUGCAGGAUAUUUUGCAAGAUGACCCAGAGGAAAGCAAUGGAGGUCUGCCCAUGCAAGAGAGAGAGGGAGCACAAUGUGAACAUUAUAUAAAUGAACUGGAACGUCUUGUUUACACACCACUGAGCGCCUUGCAUGCCAUGUUCCCCGUGCCCCAGAAGCUGAUACAGAAACGUUACGAUAAACUUUUGGAUUAUCACAGUUGCCUUCAGAAAGCAGGAGAAGCUCAACUUGAUCAGACGCGCAGGGACUACGAGGCCCUUAAUGCUCAGCUAGUGGAAGAACUGCAGGUCUUUAAUAAGGCGGCGAGGAAUAUCCUGUCCAAUUGCUUGCACUUUUUCUUUACAGUCUUGAAGAAUCUUGUGUUAGCAGCCAAGGAGGCAUCCUCAAACUGUGCCAACUUAUUUCAUCAACACACCGAAAAUAUGAACGAACUUCAGAAUCGUAUCAUUGAGGAACUGCAGGACUUAAACUUUGUUAAAGACAGCAACAGCAGUACAUUUAUAGAAAGAAAACUGAGUUUUGAGAGGAAAAAAACCCUAUCACCAUUGCCUGAACGUCCUCGUCAGACUGAAAGCCACAGAUGUAAGCUAUUGUCUACCUAUGGUGCAGAUAAACUUUACCAAGCAAAACGCAAGUGCAAUGCUUCCCAGGAACUUGAUAUAGAUCUGUAUGAAGGAGAUAUGGUAGCUAUUGUGGAAUACAAGGACCCCUUGGGAAGCACCAGCAGGUGGCUUGUGGACACAGGACUGAUACAGGGCUAUGUAUACUCUUCCUUCCUGAAACCAUACAACCCUGGGAAAAGCCAGAAGGAUUCAGCAGACUGCACUUUCUGUGAUGAUGAUUUUGAUAACAUCAGUCUAUUUGUCUCUUCGCGGAUGCCACGUGACAGGACCAGCCGAGCGUCCGUAGGAAGCACCAGUGACAGCAGCCCAUCCAUUAAUGAAGAUGAUGACAAACAUUAUGUGAACGGAUCAGAGCUGGAUACUUGCAACAGUGGGGAUGAAUUUCAUACCUUUUAUGCAGUUUAUGCUUUUGAAGCUAGGAGUCAACAAGAGCUUAGUUUGGAGGAACACCAAAGAGUCCGGAUUCUUCAGUUCUGUGACUUGAGUGGGAACAAGGAAUGGUGGCUUGGGGAAGCACAUGGCCAGAAAGGAUAUGUCCCAGCUAAUUACCUGGGGAAGAUGACUUAUGCUUAAAAAAUAGUUUUUUUUUACUUACAAACUAAGACUUGAAAUAGGCCAGUGAAGGAAAAAGUGAAACACAGAAUAUUUCUGAAGACUUCAUGUUCAAGACAUGUAAUGAUGGAAUACUGUUUUGAGGUUUCUGGAGGUCUUUACGAUAUGACGGUCCUAUUCCUUUUCGCAUCUUCAUGCUUUUACAAUUGAUUGCAUAAUAUGUUGGCAACCAAGUUUAUAAAAGGUAUUUGUCCUCUAAAAAUAGAUGUUGACCCACUUAUCAUUCAAUUCUUCGACAUAGACUCCUAUGCCAAAGAGUGACAGAAAGGGCAGAGACCUCGCAAAGGCUGUCUUUCUGGUCUCCAAGCAUAGCAACCAAUGUGCAUGUGCUAUGUUUACUGUGUUUACUCCCUAGCCAAAGCUGCCUGUGCUUGCUAGGGAGCACAGAAAUGGAGUGAUUGAAUGGAAUGUACUAACAUCUCUCUGUUCAGACACCAGCAUGCUGGCAAUCAGCCUCACAAAGGACUUUUGCCCUGCUUGGAGAAGCAUCACCAAGUAGGGCAUAUGAAAGAAAAGAGUGGGCAAAGAGCAGUCAGAUUGCAGGUGAACUGGAAGUAGAGAUCACUGAAAUGUAAAGUGAGGUGAGUUAAUAUCUCACAAUUUUACAUUGAAUACAUUGUACAUAUCUGUGAUAUAUGAUGUAUUCAAUACAUUGAGGGGGAUGAUUUAUAUUAACGUAAAUCUAACAUGGCAGGUUAUUUUAUCGUUGAUGGCAGAAAUAGCACUUGGUCUACCUAGACCACCUAAAUGAUUGUAAACUCUUAUGUGUUUAAUGCACUUACUGCAUUUAUGUAUUUUUUUUA